AUGAAUAAGGAAUUGGAAGAGAAGGUUUUGAAACGUUUCAAACGUCAGCAUCAAUUUAAAACCGUGUACACCGACACAAUUUGUAACAAUUGUAAAUUGAUGUUUACCGAAUUGGUAAAGCUUCAAACGAUUUUGCAUGAUAAUAUUGAAAACUGUGAGUUGAAAGCACCGAAGAAACAUCCCAUCUUGAAAUCAAAAAAAGUACAGCCAGCUGGAAAUGGUUGCAAUACAGAAAGUACGGCCACCAAAACAGAAACUGUGACAUUCAGUGAACAAACUACGUCACAUGACGACAACCAAGCCAAAGAAAUUCAAGGUGAAGCUAUCGAUAAGGGGCUAACAAAGAAAAUCAGAGUUCCUUCUGCAAAAUCGACACCAAGUCCUAAAUUACCAGCAAGUAAAGUUUUAUUUCGAAGUAUAUCAAAUCUGGAAGAUGGGAGAACCCGAAGGAUAUCCAAUACGGUAGACGACCGAACUGGAAAAUGCUCAGGAGAUGUUGCGCGUAAAAGAGUUUCCUUUAAUGAUCCCUUAAUGUUAGCAUCUCCUCCACCUUCCUCCCCCAAACUGACAGAGACUACGCUAAAGUCGAUUUUGAAAAAAGGAAGUACCUUUGUUCGUAUGAAUGUAUGUGAAAAUGAUUCUAGUUCACAGCCGAGUCUCCUUCAUGCGGGAACGCAGGUCUUUGACUUAUCUGAUACUGGGGAGUGUUCGUAUAUCUCCCCCACUCUAUCAGUAUCUUCCGAAGAUGAACAAGUUGAAGGCACAACUCUCCCGCUAAUGACAAACCCAUUUAAUAUCGAAGAAGUUGUGGAUAAUGUCACUGAUUUAGGUAUUCCUGCAAAUCAAGUUAUGGAAGAUGGUCUCGAUUUUCCAAAAACAACUUCCGACUUCAGCUGCGACGUAAUAAUUAAUGAACUUUCACAACUAUCAAGCGAGGAAGAUUAUUCCGAAAGCGAUUCUGGUUCACUGGUUAGUGUCCUUAAUAUGGGAACGCAUUAUUUAUCCGAUGAUGAGUUGUCAGUAACUUCUGAAGAUGUUAAAUAUAUGGACAAAGUCGUCCCACAAGCAGCAGAUUGUUUACCAGAUAAUAAGGAAUCGGAACAAAUCACACCACCUGCUUUGUCUCUACGUUCUCAAUCAGAUGGUCAAGUUGAGGUUGGAUAUACAACCCUUCCUCCACUAACAGAUACAAUUGACAGCAAUGAAGUUAUGGAUAAUGUCGCUGAUUUGCUUAAUCCUGCAAAUCAAGUUAUAGACGAUGGUAUCGAUUUGCCAAAAACCGCUUCCGACUGUGACAUAAUGAUUAAUCAACCUUCACAAAUAUCAACCGAGGAAGAUUAUUCUAAAAUAGAUGAAGAUUUGUAUUACGAGAAUUUGAUCGAACAACAAGAAUUUGAAUAACA